UCAUCUGAGGGGAACGGAGGAAUUGCAUUCUUUGCAUUACCGUUCUCGAUUUCCUGGGCUCAUAAGACCGAUCCCUCCCUCCCCCAUCUCGCAGAGCGCCAUGGGAGCUGCUUCGAAGAUCUGCAAAAACGACGCAAUGGACCUGCCCUCCCCACCGCCUACCUCCAACUCCACCUCCAUCCCCACUUCCACCUCCACCUCCGAUGUUCCGUAUUCUCACCUCACCGUCGACACCUCACUUUCUGUGCCUGAGAUGUCGCCUCGCGUCAUAGAGCUGUGCAAGGACUUGUUCAAGGAUUGGUCGAAGCUCGACAGUUCUCAUUUCCAUGUGGAGACUGUUUCUGGUGGCAUCACCAACUUGCUACUGAAGGUGUCCGUGAAGAAAGACAGCGGAGAUACGGAAUCUGUCACAGUCAGGUUGUAUGGCCCCAACACUGAUUAUGUUAUCAAUCGCGAGCGAGAACUCCACGCUAUCAAGUACCUCUCAGCUGCAGGAUUCGGUGCUAAGUUACUUGCAGUUUUUGGCAAUGGCAUGGUGCAAUCUUUCAUCAAGGCACGUACUCUUACACCAGCGGACAUGAAGAAUCCUGAAUUGGCAGCAGAAAUUGCGAAGGAGCUACAUAGAUUCCAUCAAGUGGAAAUCUCAGGGUCUAAAGAACCACAGCUAUGGAAUGAUAUCUUCAAGUUUUAUGAGAGAGCAUCCGUGCUUGAAUUUGAUGACAGUGAGAAGCAAAAGAAAUACCAGACCAUCUCAUUUAAGGAGAUUUAUGAUGAAGCUGUUGAUCUUAAGGAACUUACAGGCCUUCUGAAUUCACCAGUCGUUUAUGCUCACAAUGACUUGCUCUGUGGGAAUAUAAUGGUUAAUGAUGAGGAAGGGAAACUCUAUUUCAUUGAUUUCGAGUAUGGAUCAUAUAACUAUCGGGGGUUUGAUAUUGGAAAUCACUUCAAUGAAUAUGCAGGCUAUGAUUGUGACUACAACUUAUAUCCAAACAAAGACGAACAGUAUCAUUUCUUGAGGCACUACCUUCAGCCCGAUAAACCAGAUAUGGCGCCUGUGAAAGAUUUGGAUGCCCUUUACGUUGAAACGAACACAUACAUGUUAGCUUCACAUAUAUUUUGGGCAUUAUGGGCACUGAUCCAGGCAAAAAUGUCUCCGCUCAACUUCGAUUAUCUUGAAUACUUCUUUCUCCGAUACAAUGAAUUCAAGAAACAGAAGCAUGACUGUUGCUUGCUGGCGCGAAGUUUCCUGCAAGGAUCGUAGGAUGUGUUUUACUCGCAACAUCAGACACCGUCUACUCACAUUGCCCUGGCACGGAAUUACCUGCAAGAAUCGGAGGAUUAGUUUUACAGGGUGACAUCACACUCCAGUGUACUCACUGUCUCAGCUUCUUCUGCAGUUUAUUGAUUAGAAGGGAUUGUUUUAAGUUUGUCAUGGUGAAAUAUUCUUUGCGAGAGACUUACAAGCGAUGAGAGAAUUGGAUAUGUCUUUGAUAUAAUAAUUAAAACCUCAGGGUAUAGCUGAACCCCUUCUGCUGUAGUCCUCGCAUUGGUAUAUCUGAUCGUUCUUUGAUUGCUUUAUUCAA